CCUAACUGUCACAGCUGAGCUGUUUCCUCAGCAACUGAACUGCACUCCCAUGUUUCUGGCACCAGCUGCGAAACACGCAACCGUCAAGCUAAUCAGGACAGAAAUGCCAUUUUCACAGUUCUGUGAUGGUCAUGAUGGAAACGCACUUCAGUCCCACACAGUAUAAGAAUUUUAGCAAUUCAUUGCAUGGAAGAAUGGAACAGGAGAGAGCGAUCACCACAAAAAACAUGCAGUGUUUCUCAUAGUUUCAGGAAUCAAGCAACAGUGUGCCACAUUCAUGGCAUUCAGGAGGCAUGUGAAGAAUUUUGUGAAAAAUUAUUCUGAAGCAGAGAUAAAAGUCAGAGAAGCAACUUCUAAUGAUCCUUGGGGCCCCUCUAGUUCUCUGAUGUUAGAGAUAAGUGACCUGACAUACAACAUGGUUUCGCUUUCUGAGAUUAUGAGCAUGAUCUGGCACAGGAUGAAUGACCAUGGAAAGAACUGGAGGCAUGUAUACAAGUCUCUCACACUCUUGGAUUAUCUCCUCAAGAAUGGAUCAAAGAAAGUCAUACAGUUGUGUCAAGAGGGUUUCUUUAACAUUCAUGUGUUACAGGACUUCCAGCAUUUGGAUGACGCUGGGAAGGAUCAAGGUUUUCAUGUGAGGGAGAAGGCUAAGCAAGUCCUGGCUUUAUUAAAAGAUGAGCAACUUUUGCACAAUGAACGUGAAAUAGCACGUCGGACUAGGCGGCGCACUUCCUAUGGAAUGCUGUUCCCAUCCAAGCCUUCUACUAAAGGUCAUUUACCAACAAUGCCUGCCUCAGAGUCUAUUUCAGAAUAUCCUCCUUCAGAUGUCCAACAUCUUCCCCUCAAGGCACCAACUGCAGCCGAACAAAGCCAGCCUGCUCAGACAUCAGGCAAAACAGAGAUAGUUCAAGAAAGAACAGCACUUAACAUGGCUGCAAAAAAGUCAUCAGAGGACUUGAUAGUCUUCAGCGAAGAUGAGUCUCCUCCUCCUCCUUCUGCGCAAUCAACAUUUUCUGCUAAAGCCUCUAGAGAAGAAUUGGCAACAGACACUGCUUUGAGUCCUUCAGAAAGAAAUGCAUUACCCAUGCAAAAGUGGGAUUUCGGCAGAAAAUUAAAGAGUGCAAUCUUUUCCAGAGCUAUGUUGAAAUCCCCACCAAGGAGGCAGUCAAGCAUACAGACUCAGAUUUGUGGGACAGCUUUAUAUGAUAUUUGGUCAUCAGGUCCAGAGGAAGUUAUUGCUACCAACAAGCAACAGGUUCCCACAUUAGAUGUCCCUUCCUGCCACAUUGGUGCCUCUGUUGAGACCAUUUACAAGUCUCCUACCUUUCAAGCCUUUGAUCCUUUGGCAGAUAAUACAAUGAACACAAAAUCAGCUCCACCUUCUGUACAUUUCUCUGGGCCUAGUGAAACUAGCCUGCAAAAUGUCCACUACUUAAUACCAGGCACUGGACAGACAGCUGACUUGAGCAGUCAUCCCACACGGCCAGACUCCACCAGCUCAGUUGGAACAAGAUCUUCCUUUUCUACUUUUUCCCCUGAAUCAGCUGUUCCAAACAAUACACCACAGCCCCAGUGUGUUCUUCCCCAUGGAUCACCUCAUUUGUCUUCACCACAAGGACUAUCUUCUCUUUUCUAUAAAGAUCUCAAGGAAAGAAUUGCACAUUCCUUUUCUCCUUGCCCAGCAUCUGAUGAAGAUUAUAAUCUUACUAUUUUAAGUCCACAUCUGGAUAAUAUUGAUAGAUUUACAAGCAGAACAUUUCGUGCUUCUGGUGAGAGCUGGGAAAACAACACAGUGCAUGAGACACCUUCUGCACCAGCUUCUGAAACACCUCCUGAUGUGAAUAUUCUUGAGGAAGACCUUCUUUGCAUGAGUGUUGAACCAAAAUGCAUAGGUAUUUUAGAAGAGAUUAAAAAUGAAGUUUGUGGACUAAGAGGGGAUUUUUGCAAUGCAGCACAGGAACUGCAUAUUAUUAGUAGUGAGUUAACAAAUAUAGUGGCUUCUGUUCAAAAUAUGAAUCAAUUCAUUGUAGCUCUCCAGACUGACAAAUAUGAGUCUGUCAAACAAUAGUUAGCCCAAAGGCCACUUAAUUAAAGUGCCAUAAAUGA